GUUUCCUACUCUCACCACAACACGACUCAUACUAUCACUCUAAUGCCCAAGACUAGGGAGAAACGAUGAUAGUCUUCCCAGCGCCAAUGUCUACGCUUAUCGCCGUUGAGCUCAUACAUCCUUCAUUGCCCAAGCCAUUACUUACAAGUACUCCGCAUAGCUGAAUAAGGAUGCUGGAGAUACGGCCACUUGUAUAAAACCAGCGAACAUCGGUUCAUCUCCACCAUUGAAGUUCCAACUCAUUCAGAUUUGAAAAUUUUACAUCAUCAACGAUUCGUUUCAAUGUCUGAUACGAAGGACGCCAUUGUUUCGCCAGCCUCCGUCGGGGACGUUGAAGUAGCAUCGUCCUAUCCCGUCGAGAAGUCCAUUUCUGGCAAUGGCGAUGUCGCAGCUGCCUAUGCUAAUCAAUUAUCUGGAGAGAAUGCCUACACAACAAAGGAGUGGACCCGCCUGCGAUGGAAACUAGAUUUGCGAUUGGUACCAUUGCUCUGGUUCAACGUGACUCUUGGAGCAAUGGACAAAGUGACAACGGCGACGGCCGCGCUAUAUGGAUUUCGCGCAGACACUGAUUUAACUGGGGAUCGUUACAGUUGGGUCGGAAGUGCAUUCUAUUUUGGUUAUCUCGCAUGGUGUCUACCAAGUGGAUCUCUUCUUCAGAAAUUCCCCAUCGCGAAGUUGAUGUUCGUUGUCCAGAUACUCUGGGGCCUCAUCUUGAUUGGAACGGGAUUUGCCAACAACUUCCCUACAUUGAUCGCCCUUCGCGUGCUGCUUGGAGCUUUGGAGGCCCCUAUAGUUCCAGGAAACUUCCUUGUCCUGGGAAUGUGGUAUACUCGACGCGAACAACCUCUCAGGACAGGUCUUAUGUACACCGGUCUGUCGGUUUGCUUCACAGGACCGAUAGGUUGGGGGAUCGGAUUCAUGGUUGGAGAACACCAAUGGCGCUCCAUGUUCUGGAUUACGGGAGGCAUGACCAUCGUCUGGGCAUGUGUGAUCGGCCUCUUCCUACCGGACAACCCUGUGAAGGCGAAAUUCAUCAACGACCGUCAGAAGGCAAUUGUCAUUGACAGACUGCGCGCUGAUCAGACAGGAGUCGAAAACAAAACAUUUAAAAAGGAGCAAAUGAUCGAGACAUUCCUCGAUCCAAAGACUUGGCUCAUGUUCUUCUUUCAUAUCUGGAUUUCAAUUCCAAACGGGGGCUUGACCAACUUCGCACCUUUGAUCAUCAAGGGUUUGGGAUACUCAUCACAACGAUCAACACUGUUGACAAUGCCCACGGGUAUCAUUCAGACAAUAUCGUCUUAUCUCUGCAAUGGCGGCGUGUUCCUGUGCGCGAAAUAUCUCCCACAGCGCCAGCUACGCACGGCGUGGGUCUUAUUCGGAAUCAUCGUCGGCAUGAUCUCAUCCGUAUUUUUAUACACCCUACCACUAAAUAACUACAACGGUCGCCUCGCCGCAUUGUACAUGUCGUACUUCUAUCUCGGACCGUAUAUCGUCAGCUUGGGCAUCAACACCGCAAACACAGCCGGACACACGAAGAAGGUCACCACCAAUGCCUUGAUCUUCAUCGCCUACUGUGUUUCCAACAUCAUCGCUCCACAGUUCUUCAAGACCCACCAGGCGCCUCUGUAUCCGCUCGGCAUGGGUGCAAUUCUUGGAAGCUACGUUCUUGCCAUGAUCACGAUCGGCCUCUACGCUACCUACUGCUGGAAUGAGAACAGGAAGAGGGAUGCUGUGGACUCGGCGAAGGGGAAUAGGGUUCAUCAUGAUACCGAUUUCCGUGAUCUGACUGAUAAGGAGAACAUUCAUUUCCGCUAUGUGUUCUAAGUUUGUCGUCUUCGGUUCUCAUCUUGCGCAUAGCGCAAUCAUUGUAAUUAUUUAGUCUUCGUGUUGGAUGGAUAAGUGUUUCGUCGUAUUGUGAAUUUAUUAUGGAAGCAGUUCCGCGGACAUAUUCAUUGAAAGAACGUUGUUUUAUGGUCCGAUAUCAUGUCCACGCCAAAGUUCAAUCUAGAGUAAAAUACUUUAAUUGACUAUCUACCAACACAUCACUU